AUGAGACCGUUGUCGAUGUUCGGCGGUGCGCUGGCAGAGGAACCUGCUGUAAGCCCAUCGUCUGCACAAUUACCAGCGGACACGACCGGCAUUGGGGAGUCGGGCUCGGAUGAAGAAUCCGGCUCCCCUCGCAGCAAGCGCAUGACGAUGUCCGGUCACAUAGAUCAAAGUCUCGGCACGGUUGAGGAAGGAAUGGAGACGGAAAACGACGGAGGCCUGACGGAGCAAGACCUAAUCAGGUUUUCUGGAGUUCCACUUGCACCGACUAAGAAGGGAAGAAAUAAGGAGAAUGAUUUGAUGAGGUUCUCGAUUCCGGUUAUGGGCGCGGAGACCAAUACAGCGAGCUCUUCGCGGAAUCCAUUGGCACGUCUAUCUGGAAUGAUACUGCGUAGCCAUCGAGUUUCUCAUAAACCUCCACCACAACUUGACCAACCACCAGCCGCGUCCGGAGAGACUGUCCUGCCCCAACGUCUGCAACUCAACUACAACACGGACUUAUGCAUCGGAGAACCACUUCCCAGUAACAACCAUGAAAAGCGCAUCUACGCCGGGACGCUGGCUAAGGAUCAAGGGUUCAUGCCACGUCGGAUCGCAGUCAAGCACGUAUGGCGCAAUGCGGCCGAAAGCGACAGCGAAGCUGAGGCGGCAUUUGUGCGCGAAGUCACAAUCAUGACCGCCCUUGCCAAAAGCGAGAACGUCGUGAGGAUCGUCGGUUAUUGCACCGUGCCGAGGGUUAUCGUUUCGGAUCUGUACGAGGGAGAUCUGGAGUUCAUCCUGGGCAACCGCCGGUUUGAGUUUCCCGAGUCCCGUGCGCUCGGGAUCCUGAUGGAUGUCGCUAAAGCGCUGAUAGCGACGCACAAGCUAGGCUUCGCGCACGGCCGCAUCCGACCCCGCGCCGUCCUUCUCGAACGCGUCAAAAACACAUCGCGAGUAUCCGUCCGCGCCUCGCUGCUCAAUUUCAGCGGCGCGCCCGCCCAACCCCGCUCGUUCUGGCGCGCUCGUCUCGGGGAUUUCAGCGCCUCACGGCCUGACGGUGCUCGCGAAAACAAGGCCCGCCUAUCCCCUCGUUAUGCAUCACCGGAGUGCAUACAAAGUGAGCAGCAAGUCACCGUGGCUGGGGACGUUUACUCGUUCGGCGUGCUGAUCUGGCAAUGCCUCACACGCAAAACUCCGUGGGAGGGGCAGGAAGAUGGAUAUGUGGUUUGGAAGAUCUGUGAAGGGGAGAGGCUGCAGAUAUCGAGUAUUCCAGUGGAAAAUUCCGCCGUGCGGAGUCAGCUGGUGGAUAUGACCGUGAGAUGCUGUGCGGAAGAACACUUUGUGCGGCCCACCAUGGCUCAGGUUCUUGAUGAGUUGACGAGGUUAAAGGAUUCCAUUCCAGAGACGUGA